AUGGAGAUUAUCAGUUAUAAUGAAGAGGAGUUAGAACUAAGGGAGAAAACUGUGGAGAACCUCAAAACUGCUCUUAGAACUCAACCUAUGAGUUUUGUGACACAGUUCCUGGAGCUAGAUGGGUUACAAUGUUUGGACAAUUUUCUAAGCAACAUGGACUAUCAGGUCGCAGAGAGUAACAUACAUACAGCUGUUAUAGGCUGCUUCAAAGCUCUUAUGAACAGUUCUCAAGGUCGUGCUCAUGUUCUCGCCCAUCCUAACAGUAUUAAUGUGAUAGCUCAAAGCUUGAGUUCAGACAACAUCAAGACAAAGAUUGCAGUGUUUGAGAUUUUGGGAGCCAUGUGCCUGGUUCCUGGUGGACACAGGAAGGUCCUCGAGGCCAUGAUACACUAUCAGAAAUAUGCUGCUGAAAGAACAAGGUUUCAGAGUUUGGUGUAUGAUCUGGAUAGAAGUACAGGUGUAUAUAGAGAAGAAGUGAAUCUAAAAACCGCCAUCAUGUCAUUCAUCAAUGCUGUGCUUAGAUGUGGUCCCGGAAAGGACUACCUAGAAUUCCGGUUACAUCUCCGGUACGAGUUCCUUAUGUUGGGUAUACAACCGGUCAUAGAAAAGCUCAGGAAGCAUGAUAACGCUACAUUAGAUAGACAUUUAGAUUUCUUUGAAAUGAUGAGAAAUGAUGAUGAAAAAGUGCUCGCCAAAAAGUUUGAAGGUGCUCAUAUAGACACCAAAAGUGCCAGUUCCAUGUUUGAACUUCUACGUAAGAAACUGUUUAUGGCACCAGCUUAUACCCACAUGUUGUCAUUACUUCAGCAUUUACUGCUCAUUCCAUAUGCCAAUUCAAGUUUUACGACGGGUAUGUGGUUGUUGAUAGACAAGAUUGUACAACAGGUCGUUCUGCAAAAGAAUGGUCAGGACUAUGACUAUGAAACUUUGGAAAUUAAUGUCAAGAAAACAAUACUCAUGCUUACAAAUGAGACCGAUAUCAAAUCAUAUCAACAAAAAUUGAGAGAGGUCGAAAAGGCAAAUGAUGAGAUCCAGUCGAAACUGACAAAGAAGGAACGUGAAGCUGAAAUACGUACACAAGAAAAAGAAGAACUGUUAGACACUGUGAAUAAGAUGAAAACAAAACUAGAAAAGGAGACUUCAGGCCAUCAAGAUACUAAACAACAUAUAAAUGACUUAAAUAAACAUAUAGAAGAAUUGAAAGCUCAGUUAGAAGUGGAAAGAGUUGAGCUAUUGAAGCUUCAGCAUCUCGUAAAAACCGGCAGUCUCCCGGAUGACGCUAAAGUCGGGCUGUCGUCAGUAUCUGUGAUAUCAGACCUCAAGUCAACAUCAUCUGUUCCCAUACCUACCAGUAGUGUUCCUCCACCCCCUGCCCCACCUCCACCAGGACUCGUACCACCUCCACCACCUGCUCCAGAUGCCCCUGAUGGUAAAAGAGGUCCAGGUGCCCCACCUCCACCCUCAAUUUUCGGAAGACCAGGAAGUGCUCAACGUAGAAACGUUCCAAAACCAAAACAACCUCUGAAAUCAUUCAACUGGACCAAAUUAGAGGAUAAUAAAAUCAAAGGGUCGAUAUGGAAUGAUCUCGAUGAUUCAAAGUUGUAUCCUUUACUAGACUUAGAAGAAUUUGAAAGAACAUUCUCAGCCUAUCAGAAAAAGCAACAGGAUGAAACUGAUGAUUUAAGGAAUUCUGGGAAAACUCCACAAAAAAAUAAAGAACUUUCAGUGAUUGACGGCAGACGUGCACAGAACUGUACGAUCUUACUGUCAAAAUUAAAAAUAAGCAAUGAAGAAAUUAAAACUGCAGUAUUAAACAUGGAUGAACAUGAGGAUAUACCAAAGGAUAUGUUAGAACAGUUAUUGAAAUAUGUACCAACCUCGGAAGAGAUGCAGCUGCUGACAGAACUGGGUGGAGAAACUGAAAAUCUUGCAAGGGCAGAUAGAUACCUGUUUGAAAUGGGAAAGAUAACUCAUUUUGAACAAAGAGUGAGAGCUCUGUAUUUCAAGAAGAAGUAUCAAGACAGAAUGUCUGAUGUGAAACCCAGGAUAGAAGCUGUGUUCGAGGGAUCAAAACAGUUAAUGAGAAGUAGACGAUUGAAAAAAUUGUUAGAAUUAGUGCUAGCUUUUGGAAAUUACAUGAAUCGAGGUCAGCGAGGAAACGCACGUGGCUUCGCAAUCAUCAGCUUAAACAACAUGGUCGACACAAAGUCAGGUGUUAAUAAACAAGUGACUUUUCUACAUUAUCUGGUGGAGACCAUAGAAAAAAGGUUUCCAGAUGUAACCAAAUUAGAGCAAGAUCUCAGUUUAAUCCAUUCGGCUUCCAAAGUCAACUUCUCAGAACUGGAUAAAGAGCUAGGUACAUUACGUACUGGACUGAAAGAGAUUGAAAAGGAAUUAACCUACUUUCAAAACCUGCCGCAGUUACAUGGGGAUCGAUUUGUCACAGUGAUGACCCAGUUUGCGACUGUUGCUUCUUACAACUUUUCUGAAGUGGAGGAGUCAUAUGCAGAGAUGAAGCAAAAGUAUGAGCUGUGUCAGAAAAGUUUUGGUAUAUCGGAGGGUAGUUCACAACCAGAUGAGUUUUUCGGAAUGUUUGACACUUUCCUGACGUCCAUGAAAGAUGCCAAACUGGAGAAUGAGAAAAUCAAGAAACAGAAAGAAGAAGAGGAAAAGAGAGCUCAGCUUGAAGAAAAGUUGAGGAAAGAAAGAGAACAAAGAGCAAUAAAGAAAGGUGCUACAUUGACAACGGACAGUAACGGUCAGAUCGUCAAUGGUAGUGCUCCUAAAGGAGAAUUUGAUGACCUUGUGUCAGCACUAAGAACAGGAGAUAUAUUUGGUGAUGAGAUUGCCAAAAUGAAAAGGAAUCGUAAAAGGAUCUCUGCUCAAGUCAACACUUCAAGAGAACGUGUUAAUUGACUUUAAAAAUGGACAUACAAGAAAACUGACCUUAAAAAGUUGUGGCAGAAAAUCCAAAAACAUUUGUCAAAGGGACCAAAUACACUUUACUUUGGAUCAAGUACAGAUACAAAGAAGAAAAGAAAGACGGCCAUUCUCAAAAAUUUGGUUCUGUUACGUUUUUUAUGCCUGACUAUUGAUAGCAGGGCUCGACAUUAACACUGGUCCGCUGGUCCGAGGCCAGUGAAAAGCAACAAGAACCAGUGAAAUAUUUGGAGGACCAGUAACUGUUUCAUUUAAAAAUUUAGUGGAAACUGCUCUUCGGACCAGUGGCCCAAAGACCAUGAUCAGCCUGCACGGACGUGCAUAUCCUGUGCAGGCUGAUCUUGGUCGCAGUGGCAGAAUCACUUGCUGCCAGCAGGCUAAAGGUUAAGCCUUUGGUCUCUGUUUUACAUCAGGUGAAUCAUUUUUGGAAGACCCUGCUUACAUGUAUUAGUUUGUAGGGUAAAUUGAAAGAUGUGGUCCUCUUGAAAAAGUUAAAGUAAUGUGUUUUGAUACUUUUCAGUUAAUUACAGCAUCACUCUGUGAGAUAACUUUUCAACAAUAUUGCUUUCACAAAUGAAAAGAUACUUUUUGUUGUCAAAUUAAUAAAUGUUUACUGAACAAUUAAUUAAUGUUUACUGAACAGUUUUUAUGUUUACCUUAGAACAUAUCAUUACCAGUGUAUACUCCCAUAAUCUUGUUUCUUUUUAGCUCAUCUGAUUUUUUUUUUAAAAAUGAUGAGUUAUUGUCAUCACUUGAUCAGUGUCGGCGUUGCCUGGUUAAGUUUUAUGUUUAGGUCAGCUUUUCUCCUAAACUAUCAAAGCUAUUGCUUUGAAACUUGGAACACUUGUUCACCAUCAUAAGCUGACCCUGUACAGCAAGAAACAUAACUCCAUCCUGCUUUUUUGCAAGAUUUAUGGCCCCUUUUGUACUUAGAAAAUAUCAGAUUUCUUGGUUAAGUUUUAUGUUUAGGUCAUCUUUUCUCCUAAACUAUCAAAGCUAUUGCUUUAAAACUUGCAACACUUAUUCACCAUCAUAAGCUGACCCUGUACAUUAAGAAACAUAACUCCAUCCUGCUUUUUGCAAGAAUUAUUGCCCCUUUUGGACUUAGAAAAUCACUUUUCUUGGUUAAGUUUUAUAUUUAGGUCAUCUUUUCUCCUAAACUAUCAAAGCUAUUGCUUUAAAACUUGCAACACUUGUUCACCAUCAUAAGCUGACCCUGUACAGCAAGAAACAUAACUCCGUCCUGCUUUUUGCAAGAUUUAUGGCCCCUUUUGGACUUAGAAAAUAUCAGAUUUCUUGGUUAAGUUUUAUGUUUAGGUCAACUUUUUCUCUUAAACUAUCAAAGCUAUUGCUUUGAAACUUGCAACAUUUGUUCACCAUCAUAAGCUGACCCUGUACAGCAAGAAACAUAACUCCAUCCUGCUUUUUGCAAUAAUUAUUGCCCCUUUUGGACUUAGAAAAUCAGUUUUCUUGGUUGAGUAUUAUGAUUAAGUCAGCUUUUCUCAUGAACUAUCAAAGCUAUUGCUUUAAAACUUGCAACAGUCGUAAGCGGACGCUGUACAUCAAGAAACAUAACUCCGUCCUGCUUUUUGCAAGAAUGAUGGCCCUUUUUAGACUUAGAAAAUCAUGGGUAUGACAAUAUUUCUAUUAUACAAAAAAAUCAGAUGAGCGUCAGCACCCGCAAGGCUGUGCUCUUGUUUAUUUAAGUUAUUUCCCUUGGACUGUAUUCCCUUUUGUUGAUCAUUUUAACUUGUUUAAUUGACAUGUUACAAAAUAGAAAUGUUGUAGAUUACUAGAAAAGCUGUAGACUACAUGAAUGAUGUAGAUUUUCAGUAAAGUGUUUGAUAUUCAAAUAACGUAUGAUUUGAAGCAGCCAUGAAUAUGACUUUUUACUGGUAUUGGACACUUUACCCAAAUAUCUUAUUUACAUUCAACUCUAGCAUAGACUGGUUGUCUGAAAAUUAUCCCUUUAUAUUUUUAUGUUAUUUCUAUGUUUGUUACUGAGUCUUUCAUUGAGAUUAUAAUCUUGUGUGUAAUUAUUUUUGUUUGGUGCAAUAUUUUAUAGAGGAGCAUGUUUUAUAUAUGGUUUCACAAGUUAUUAAUGUUCAUUUUUCAGGAGGACUAUUUAAUAAAAUUAUCUCCCUUCCACCAAUAUUGGGUAGAGAAUUAUUAUUUGAGUUACCUCCCUUCUAUCAGUAAAGACCCUCUCCCAUCCUCCCCCACACUGCUUGAUAGGUUAUUGAACCUCUACAGACAUCAAUCAUAACUAUUAAAUGUUGUAAUUUAGCCAGUUUUAAGAUUUUGAAAGUGUUUUAUCAUAUUUUAAAUUGAAUAAUUUUGUUAGAUCAUGUUUUUUGUCCUUGACAAGAAUGUAUGAGUAUAGUGAACCACUGAGAACAGACAAAGAAUGACAUCUACAAUUGUUGUAUCCAGUUACCUUGAAGAGGGGACAAUAAAUGGUGAUUGUGCAAAUUUUUAGGGUGAUUUUGGAGUUGAACUCUGGAAAUGUUCCCCCAGACAAUAACUGGCAUUCCAGCUAUUUACAGUACUGUGAAAAAAACACUAUUUUUCAUACAUUUCUUCAUUUGGACCACUUAUUCUUCUUCCCAGGGAAAAUACUUUUAAACUAUUUUUUUCAGUUAAUAAAUGUUCUGUUAUGAUUUGAAAAACAUAUGCAGUUAAAAAGGGCUGCAUACAGAGAUCAAUUAUUUCUUUGAUGUAUAUAAUAAUUUUGUUAGAUGUAAUAUUUUUGUAUAAUUUUGUACAGUUAGCUCUUGUUUACACAAAUAGUUAUAUAUACAUGGAAGCAGUAUAUACACAAUAUACAUGUACUUGUAAACACAUUGUAAAAAAUAAAUGUCUGUAUGUCAAUUUUUGUAAAAGAAAGUAUUGUAAACUUUGAAUAAAAAACAAACGUCUGAUGAUGAAUUUCUGCGAGAUUUUUUGUACCUGUACACUGCAACAUCAGGCUUUGUCCGCGGGACUUUGUAAAACUGCUCGUUUUACACAAGCUUUGACUGCAUGUUUGUUAUAUACUAGUUUACUAAUUUACUCAGAUUAAAGCCUUGUCGAAAAGAAUGGAAGGCUAAAAUGAUAUUUAGGCAAAAAAAUAGAUGAAACCUGGAGCAAUGAUCUUCUUCCCAGAUGAAACCUGAUACUUGUUGGUGUCGAUUUGUUGUAUUUUCAUUACAUUUGUUAUUGUAGACGGAAAGAUAAGCUUUAAAAUAAUGACAUUAAAUGGCAUACUUAGGCUCACAAAAUUAUUUUUUUUAUUCCAGUGUGUCCUCUUUCAUUUAACGUGGAAAAAAUAUAAAACAGUAUUUUAGGCAAACAUGGUUUUCACGAACAUCGUGCACCAUGUAGACGUACUUCAGGCAAGGAUACUUUAUCUACCUAUCAGCCCGACACGAGUUUCAGUAAAAUGCAGGGGCAAACUCAUGCGAGGAAGGCUUUCCGGCCUGCUUGUAGUAGUACUUCCCAGGUGCUAUCUACACCAGAAGUAAUUCCCAGAGUCACUCUGGGAGUUGUCUGUUAGGGUCACAAUUACUGUUUGUUUGGGUUUUUUUUUCAGUUCUAUAAAUACAAACGUAUUUGGACAGUUUGAUUUAGACACAAACUGUUGUAUCAUUUUUUUUUUUCAUAAGGAAAACGUAAAAUUCAAUUCUGUGAAUUGUCAGUCUUAUACGGUUUGUACAUGUAUUAUAGUAGAUAUAUUGUGUGAAUUGUGCAGUUUUGUAUCGUUCCUAUUUAUUUUCUACUAUUCCAUUUUGAAUAAAACUAUGUUUAUUAUA